CGCCGUGCUGUGAGCCGGGGCGGGGGGUCGGUGAGGCGGGCAGGGACCCGCGCUGGGGUCGGGGCCACCUGAGUUCCCCCCGAGUUCCCCCGCCCUGGGCCGGGGGCGCCCCUUCUCGCUCUUUGUGUCCGCGCCCGGCCCUGCGGGUUCCGAGCGGUGCUGAGCGCCCCGCAGGCCUCCCGUGGGCCCCGUGGGUGACUCGGGGCUCCCCCGGCCCGUUCCGCCUCGCCCGGAGCUCGGCCCCGUCUCCCGGCGGUUUGCAGCCGCCUUACCGUGCUGCAGUCACAAGGCGAUACCUCACAGAUCGUCGGCGCCUGCUCGGGAUGGGCGCUGGGCUCCUCUCGGCUGGAGAGGCUCGUUCCUGCCCGCCCAGUGCGAGGAGUUCGGGGAAGAGUGAGAAGGAAGACUUGCCAGUCAAGAUCCAAAACCAGUGUGACCUUCGCCUUUGUAAUAAGGUGACUCAGAAACUGUGCGUAGAGGACUCCUAGCCAGAGCUGCUUGCUGCAGGAGUUUGAAGAUGCAUCAAGACUGAUAGUGAGGACAGAAAAAUUUCCUGAAGAAGAGGACAGCCUGAACUAUUGGCCAUGUCUAUCACAGAUCACAGCCCCACCACCGGAGUGGUGACUGUCAUCGUUAUCCUGAUUGCUAUCGCGGCUCUGGGAGCCCUGAUUCUGGGCUGCUGGUGCUACCUGAGGCUGCAGAAACUCAGCCAGUCUGAGGAUGAGGAAAGCAUUGUGGGUGAGGGAGAAACCAAAGAGCCCUUUCUGCUGGUGCAGUACUCUGCUAAAGGACCCUGUGUGGAGAGGAAAGCUAAGCUAACUCCAAAUGGCCCAGAAGUACACAGCUAACUCAGAGCAUCACCUGCAGAUGGGCUAUGCUCAUGACAUGUAACCAGCAGAAGCAUCUCAAUACUGUGAAGAACCUGGUCAUGUGCACACUACUCAUCAGAAACACCCUGAUGAGAAUUAAAAUAAGCUUUGUUUGCAACUGCAUGCACUGACAAGUUGCACUUUGCAUCAGCUGUGUAUCCUAAUUCCUCUAUGGGAGGAGCUGACUUGCCUAGUGUAAUGCCCAUUGCCGGCAAUGGGCACAGGGAUACACUGCUGUGAUGAGACUGCUACUGUUUUUUGUUACUUGAAUGUUUAGCUGAGCCUAUUUUGAUGGAGCUACUAUUGUAAUGUGAACUACUUUACAACUGUAAACUGUAAAUAGGCUGCCAGAAACUUCCUGCUUUGUGUUCUGUAGCAUAUGGGAUUAUGAUGCAACUGUAUGUAAUACACAGGGACUCCUGAACCACUACCAUGGAUGGGACUCCAGACCUUCAAAACCAGAUCUGCAGUUAAAGCUUGCUUCUGCUGCUAGAUUGAGUGUGCAGCCUGAACUCCUCCUUUGAACAGUUUAUUGGACUGAUGCAUUAGUACUUCAUUUAAAAAGAAGGGAUAAGCCUUCAGUAAUAUGCUGAAGGAGGAAACAGAGGAGCAAAAAAGGAAAAGUUGCUUUAGCUGCAGCUAUGUUGGUUAAGCUUUUGGCUGCUAGAACUGAGUUCUCUAGGCAGCUACUGCAAGGAAACUGCCAUUCUGAUGGGUUCCAGCCUGGGAACUUAUGAUGGAUACUGAACCCUCAGGGAAAGUCCAGAUGGUUUCCAGGUGUUUGAAAUGGCAGUAGAGCAGGCUUCUGUCUUCCACAGGUCUGUGUGCUGAAACUGCAUAAGUGGUUACUUAGCAAAACUGGCUAAAGUGCAGUUAGUAUAAAUUCUUCCUAGACCCUGGUUUGUGUGCUUAGGGUGUAUGUGAACAGCCUGUUACAAAAAGGCAUUUGGUAAUACAUACAGCCAGACAACUCUAGCAUUCAGUUAAUGUAUCUUGUAUAUAACUUUUGAUGGAACUGUACUACAACAGGAGAAGUUUCAGUCUUUUCUACUGUUGACAGGGCCAAGGGUUAUUGCUGGUCAGUUUGUAGAAGUUUUUAGCUAGCAAUGGCCAAGUCCUUGCAGAUAACACAUUUCCUGCUCUGUGCUGGAGUUCAGCUAUAGGAACUGUAAAUAGGUGUUAAAUGGGGAGUUCUGGACUGUAAAAGUUUGGGGAGAGGAGAAGGAACAACACUGAGCAGCCAAUGGCAGCUUACGUGUUCUGAAAUUCUUCGUGUAGGCACACAUGCUUAGAGGUCACUGGCCUGUUUUCUAUUACUUUAUAGAUGGCCUCCUUUGCAUACUGAUGUUUUUAAACACUUAAUUGCCUAGCCUUAAUUCAGCUCCAGAGGAAGCAUUAGACUUGCUUCUUGUACAUAUGGAAUAACUUAAGGCCUAGCAAGCUUGCUUGAGAAUUUUAACUAUAUGCAAGACAAGAAUGGCCUAGCCAAAAAGUUCAAAAGUCCCCUUCUUCUACACUAAGAUGUUGAAUUGCUUUGUUAGUGCUACAUUUGCCUUUUUAAAAUUGAAAGCUGUAAUUUGUAGUAAAAAAAUGCUGUCAGUAGUAAAAUGCUCCUGUUGUUGCCUCUUGAGUAUAACAUACGGGGUACAGCUGAUAAUGUUCUCAUCCUGAGACAUGCUUUUUAAAAUACUGCUCUCAAGAGACCUGUGUGGAUAGUCAGACCAGUGCACUUAAAUAGCUGUAUUUGAGACCUCUUAAAAGCAAAGAAAAAAGGAUUAAUUCAGUAAGACUUCCUCUAGUUUUCAGUAGAGAACAGUUCACACAUGGCUCUUGUCGUUUCCAGACAAUCAGAAUACCAGUAUACAAAAGUGAUACAAAGUGCUGAAGGUGAAGAACAGAACAGUUGUAGCAAGAUGACUUUGUCCAUUCAAGUUUACUGAUUACACAGAUGAAGUAUCUAUUUUAAUUCAGUAAAGAGAAUGCAGUGUAAAGGGCAAAUUUCAGAAAUUAUGGAAGAGUAUAAAUCAAAGGUCUGAUUUCCCUUCUAGCAGCUGUAAGAGAAAGCCAGUGAAAACUAACUGGUCCUUGGUCACAGGUGCUGCACACUGCUGCCCCUACAAACCAGUAUCUUUCAUUUAAAUGGAUAGGUGUUUGCAAGUUAGUGCAAUAGUAAAGUGCAGAAGUGUUUUCCAUUCUCCUCUUAAGAUGGGGGUAUCUAAUAAGUUGUUCAAGUAUACAAAAAUAUUGCGUUUGAUUUUUCUUUUUCUAGAUCAUGUGGGGGGAAGUCUUUAUUUACAAUAAAUGUCAAUAAAAUUUGCAUAAAUACCUACCCAA